GUGCGCCUACCUGUCACUUCCUGCUGUCGGUAUUUAUUCAUUUUCACUUGGUUUUGUCCCCUCUACUGAUGGUUUCGCACGUCACUGCCAUGUUUGGAUGAUUUCGUCUAAUGUGUACCGCACGGGCUGUGGAUCCUGCGGAUCAAUCUUUGCGACCUUGGCUUCAUGUGCGGCUGAAAGGAGGAAUAACGCCCCCCCUCCGCGGACACUGCUGGGAAAACACCGCUCGGAUUUAAUCAGCCACCGCGGCAGGACUCCCGUGGAUGUGGACUCGCACCGUCGUCUUCAGUAAAACCGCGGCUGCACCGACGGACUCUGCCUGGUGGAGAGGCAUGGAUGAGAGGUUAUGUGUGCCCCCCAGCUAAAGGCCUCCGUCGCCCUGACCUGUGCAUCCCAUACGUCCCUCUGUGAGCAUGUAUCGCAGGAACGGGCUCUCGGAUGGCACCAGCAUCAACUCAGUCACCUCAGAGGCCAGCAGCAGCUCGGAUUCUCUGGAUGGGCCUUGUGUGGACUACGCCAAGAGCUACGAUGCAGUCGUCUUUGAUGUGCUGAAGGUGACGCCUGAGGAGUUUGCUAGCCAAAUCACCCUCAUGGACUCACCAGUAUUCAAAGCGAUACAGCCAGAGGAGUUGGCGAGCUGUGGAUGGAAUGGGAAGGAGAAACACAGUUUGGCCCCUAAUGUGGUCGCGUUCACACGCAGGUUCAACCAGGUAAGCUUCUGGCUGGUCAGAGAAAUCUUAACCGCCCAGACGCUGAAGAUCCGAGCAGAAAUACUGAGCCAUUUUGUCAAAAUAGCAAAGAAACUUUUGGAACUGAACAACCUUCACUCUCUGGUGUCGGUGGUGUCCGCCCUGCAGAGCGCUCCCAUCUUCAGACUCAGCAAAACCUGGGCGCUCAUCAGUCGGAAGGACAAGGCCACGUUUGAGAAGCUGAACUAUCUAACAUCUAAGGAGGAAAACUAUACCCGAAUGAGAGAAUACAUCCGCUCCCUGAAGAUGGCGCCCUGUAUUCCUUACCUCGGGAUCUACCUGUUGGACAUGAUCUACAUCGACUCGGCCUAUCCAGCAUCAGACAGCAUCAUCGAGACGGAGCAGAGGACCAAUCAGAUGAACAACCUCCUGAGGGUCAUUUCAGACCUGCAGAUGUCCUGUAACUAUGAUCACCUGGUGACUCUGCCUCAUGUCCAGAAGUAUCUGCUGUCAGUUCGCUACAUUGAGGAGCUACAGAAGUUCGUAGAGGACGACAAUUUCAAGCUGUCUCUGAAGAUCGAACCUGGAAACAGCUCUCCUCGUAUCGCUUCUUCUAAAGAGGACCUGGCAGGUCUGUCUGAGGUCUCUGCCUCUAUGAGGUACAACCGCCGGCCCACAUGUCCAGACGCCUCCGUGGGCGUUCACAUCCCCACUCCCCCUCCAUCCCACCACAGGAAGAGCCACAGCCUGGGGAACAAUAUGAUGUGUCAGUACGGUAUGUCGGAGAGCAGGAGCGCCACGUUUCCCAUAGAGAAAGCACGACAUCUGCUGGACGACAGCUUCUUAGAGUCUCAGAGCCCCGUCAGAAACGAUCCGCACAGUACGUCAGUGUCCAACGGCCUCUCACUAGGCAGCAGUGAAAGCUCUUUUGGGGAGGAGCUGUCACCUGGAAUGGAGAGGGGCCGCAUGUACGCCACACUGGGCCCCAACUGGAGGGUCCCGCUUCGCAACUCCCCCCGGAGCCGCAGCUAUGUUUACAGCUCUUCUGCUGCCAACUCCUGCUACGGCUGCAGCGAAGCCGGCAGCGUGACCAUCGAAGGGCCCCUCCGAAGGAAAACUCUGCUGAAAGAGGGCCGCAAGCCCAAGUUGUCAUCAUGGACACGGUUUUGGAUCACUCUGUCUGGAUCAAUGCUGACAUUCUAUGGAGCAAAAGCACUGAGGGCCUCUGAAAGGAAACACUACAAGUCCAGCCCCUGUAAGAAGGUGUGUGUGACUGGAUGGAUGGUGGUGCUGCCAGACGACCCAGCCAGACCCAACAUCUUCCAGCUCAAUGACCCAGACAAAGGCAAUGUUUACAAGUUCCAAACAGGAUCCAGGUUUUCGGCAAUCAUCUGGCACAAAAACCUGGAAGAGGCUUGUAGGAGCAGCAGACCUCAGAUACCAGCAAACCUCAUGUCAUUUGAAUGAGAACAGACUUAACCAGCGGGACAUUAAUGUGCCAAAGCCAUUUGUUUGGAGUCUAA